AUGCCGGCAGCGCAGCACCCCCAAGCCAAAUUUGAUCCGAUUCCUCCAGAUCUGGACCUACACUCGCUAGUGGAAAGGACACCGAAUUUCCAUUGGGUUUUGCGCAUCUCAGCGGCUCAGAUUCGCAACAUCGGACCGCAGGAAUUCGAACGACUAGUUUUCCUCCAUGUCAUCCACGGAGGCAAGCCCCUCGUCAUCGAGAAAUGGAACGACCAGUUGCCCAAGUCGCUCUUCAGCGCAACGUGGUUGGAAUCCACCUACAACAAAAAACGUGAGAAUGUUCGCGACAUUGUCGGCCAAACCGACAUUCCGAUGACCUUGGGCCACUACCUCCGAUCGAUGAAAACGCUCGGAGACCGAUGGACGCCGUACAACUUCCGCGAUGAACGACGCCAGCGCCUUUACAUGAAAGACAUCGACUGUCCCGCGGAAUGGCAGACAUACCUCCAAAAGGUCAUCCCUCCGAAUUUGUUUUACAUGAACGGCAACAUCGACGAACGAUUGAGCAAAGGAGGCGGUGAUGAGGAUAUGUUCCAGGAAGGACACUCGGCGGCCCCCGCUGGCGAUUUGAUGAGCAGCCUUCCCGAGGAGAUGCGCGCACAGAACCUGAUGUGCUACAUCGGUCAUGAGGGAACCUACACUCCGGCGCAUCGAGAAAUGUGCGCUAGUUUGGGUCAGAACAUCAUGGUGGAUGCGUCUGGUUCAAAAAACGGGGAGCUCCCGGGAAGCUCGAUCUGGUUCAUGACCGAGACCAAGGACCGUGAAGUGGUUAGGGAAUACUUUUUGUCCAUGCUCGGCCACGACAUAGAGAUCGAGAAGCACUUUGCUCAGGUCAACGCCUGGAAGAAGGCGACGUUCCCGGUGUACGUUGUGGAGCAGAAGGUCGGGGAUUUCAUCCUCGUUCCACCACUAGCCCCUCAUCAAGUCUGGAACCGUGGCACUCGGACAAUCAAGGUUGCGUGGAAUCGGACAACGGUCGAGACCCUUGGGAUGGCAUUGCAAGAAGCCCUCCCAAAGGCCAGGCUCGUCUGCCGUGACGAGCAGUACAAGAACAAGGCGAUUAUUUUUUACACCCUUGACAAGUACUACAAAGAGAUGGCGGGCAUGGAGAAGACGGUCGAUAUUGGUUUCCUCGGGUUCGGGCAGGACUCGCCCAAGAACUCCACCCGAAUGAAGCAGAUGGCAGCUGAUUUCAAGUCACUUUUCCUGUUGUUCACCAAAGUGCUCGUGGACGAAAUGUUUGCGACAAAGGAGAAGGAGGUCGACUACAUCGAGUUCGAGUCCAACGUCACCUGCUCGUACUGCCGAGCGAACAUUUUCAACCGCUUUCUUACCUGCAAGCACUGCGUCCGCCAGUUGGUCGGUGGGGAUGAGGAUACGUAUGACAUUUGCAUGGAAUGUUACGCCAUGGGCCGCUCUUGUUUCUGUGUCUCGAACCUCAGCUGGUGCGAGCAAUGGCGUUGGUCGGAGCUCGUUGACCGCUACGAGACCUGGCGGGCGCUGAUCAUCAAGAACGACGGGUUCAUCAACUUUGAUACCUCUCCUCUUCCGUUGGAGCUGGCCAGAAGGAAGUUUGGUAAAAAGCCGGUCGCGCAGAUCUGCCAGGAGCAACUCCGUAAGCGCCCAUGGAAUGACAUUGCCCAGGUAAAACCGGCACCCGAACCCGUGGAGUCCGAUGUCGAGGUUGAUGACAACGGCCACCCAGUGAAAAAGAAGCGGAAGAGAAAGGCGAAGAAGGGCGACGUCCACCGGUGCCACGUCUGUUCGCACAAGGACUACCACUACAAGUUGGCGUUCUGCACAAACCCCGGCUGCAACGAUGCGUAUUGCUACGGUGUGCUCUACCGAGCCUUCGACAUGAUGCCCCAGGUCGUGAUGCAAAAUGAACAUUGGCUGUGCCCCAAAUGUCUCAAGAUUUGCAACUGCGCGGCCUGUCGCCGAGCCGGGAACGGGGUCCCUUAUAUCCCCAAAAACACGCUCCUGGGGCACGAUACUCGUCGUAUCGCCGACGACCGCAGCGUUGAGAGCUUAGUCGAUUUCCGAGUCCACAAUCUGACGUGGCUCAAGAGCGUUGGCGACGAGAGUCGAAGCUUGUCGAGCAAACGGAUGCAGCGACUCCAACAAGCAGCUGAGGCGGAGAAGGCCAAGGAGUCAGGACUUGCCGACCAGGUUCCCGUCCUGCCCGAUAGCCAACUGGCAGAAUCGCUCCAGGCCACCGUGCAAGAAUCUACUAAUGGAUAUGCCCAGCAGGAUCGGGGGAAUGGUCCAGCUGGCCCUGGGGCAGCGCCGAUGGGAGAAUAUGUCGUGCCGCCGAACGAAGCCAACGGCGAUCACCAGAACGGCGACCGGGCGGCUCCGGUGGAGACGCACAGCGUGUUACCGCCCGGCGCCGAAGAUCAGUCAUCAUAUCCAGAUCCGUCCGGUCUUGGUCGCGAACGCAUGCUCGGCAUGGGCUAUUACGAGCAAGACGACACGCCGGACAAGAUUCUCUUCGACCCCUAUCAAAUGCCCUCAGUCGAUACCGUGCCGGUGUUGGAUGAUGAGCCCGAGAUGUCGGAGUAUCUCAAGAAACAACUCCGGAUUGCGAAGCGAAGAGCUCGCCGGGAAGACGACGAUGACCCCGAUUUCCGAGGGCCUCGUCAUCGCAAGAGGUCUAAACCAAACCCAGCUACUCAGCAUGACGCACAAGAAGUUGCAUUGUCCAAUAUGGACCCUGCCUUGUUUGGCGGCGACGAGACCAUGACCAAUGGUCCCGCUGAAGGCGCUGCUGGUGCUGUUCAACCCGAAACGGAUGAGACGCAACCAACAGCUGAAGCCUCCGACGCAAAUCCUACUGAGCCACCGGAGGACGGGGAGCAACGGGGGCAACGUGAGUACUCACCGAAUCGUCCGGCUCUGCGUCACGCGCGACCUAGGGUUUCGUGCGUGAUUGACGAGAACGGCGAAGAGGAGUUCAACGACAUCGUCGUUAAACGCGCCUCGCUGCCCCUUGAGCCUCCUCAGCCUCCCCAAAACAUUACCCAACACAACACUGAGGACGCCAACCAAGACCCGCUCGACCUCGCUUCUGCUGCUAUCUUCUCAACAACAACAGCAACGGGAGGCUCCGCAGACGCAGCCGAAGAAUCCAGCCCACCGGCAGAACCCACUCGGAAGCGAGGCCGGCCGCGGCGAUCGGAGGUUGCCGAAGCUGAGAGUGCGAGCCCGAAGCCGGUUUCAGAUAAUCUCAAGAGAGGCCCAGGGCGGCCCCGAGGCAAGCCAACGCGGGGACGGCCGUCGCGCGGAAGACCACGGGGCCGCCCCCCGGGCCGACUGAGGAAAGAGAGUGAGGACAGCGAAGAAGAAGAUGCCGAUCUGGAUGCCCAGCUCGCUCGGCAACUCGACGGUUCCAAUGAAGAGGGUGAGGCUAUUGACAACGAGUCAGAUUCACGCGAUGCCCAGGCACCGCCGGCUGCCCCUAAGCGACGCGGCCGUCCGCCUCGCAACCGACAGCCCGAGACCGCGACAACAAAUGCGGCCGUGGAGUUACCUUCCCAGCCUCUUUUGUCCAUGACCGAAAAGAUGCGGCGCAAGGACAAGAAGUUCCGGAUUGGUCAGCGCAACAGUUCAGGUGCCGUUAAGCCCGCAACUCCAACUCGCGCUGGUGAAAGUGCGGGCGAGGCUAGUGCGGUGGAAGACGGAUCUGCUGCCCAAACCCCCUUAGCGCAAACGGAGACGAGCGCCCAACAACCGGCAAAGAGAGGACGAGGCCGGCCGAGACGAUCCGCUGCUCCCGAGGAGAUUAACAACGAAGAAGACAAAGAAUUCGACCCGACCGCGGAGGAAGAAGCUGUGUCGGAGGGCGCUCGAAGCCCCUCGCCAGCGCCCGCUCCUCCCGCUCCAUUUGCUGUAAUGGACGAAGGCACUCCAAUUGCUGCAAUGGAUGAAGAGCAUCAACCAGCUCCGGAUACAGAGAUGGCAGAUUUGCCGCCGAAUCCACCAGCAGCUCCGUCUCCGGCUCAGGAUAAGGCUCGCUCGCCAUCUCCCGUCACAGCGCCAGAAGCUGAAGCGGAGCCAGAGCUUCCUGCAAACUCUGAGCCUUCGCCACCCGCCGAACCUCCACCACCCGACUUUACAUCCGCAGCUUCGCAGGCCCUAGAACCCUCGCCAUCUCCCGAGCCCUCGCCUCCCCCGUCGCCGCCGCGUGCUCCCGCCGGUCCGACGAUUGUUAGGCUCCUUGACUCCGACGAGGACGAGGAGUAUCACGAUUUUGCCAGUGACGCGGGGAGUGCUUCUCCGUCCGAGUCCGUGGGAUAUGACAACGAAGACGGGGAUAACAAUGACGCCAGUGAGCAUAGCGAGGGUGGUAUCGGCGGAGGUUUGACAGGUGCGGUAGAGCCCAGUGAUUCCGACUCGGGCUCGGACAGUGAUGAUGAUAUACCUGCUACCCGGCCCAGUGUGGCGAGUCGAGGCCGGGGGUCGGGCAUGCGGGGACGCGGGGGUCUGACGAGCGGAAGGGGAGCUACGAUUGGGCGUGGUAGAGGCAGAGGCAGAGGUCGGGGCCGCGGCCGGGGUAGGGGAGCAUGA